GAGUUUUACAGCCUGACGGUAAGAGCAGGGAUGAAAUACGGUAGCGAGCUGAGCUGGAGCGCAGGAAACGCUUGCCCGGGAUUCGCGGCGCCGGCGGGGCUGAAGGAGCGCGGGGAGGAGCGCGGGGAGGAGCGCGGACCUGGGACGCACGUCGGGGCGGGACCCGCGGAAGGACUGUCCUGGCCCGAGCUCUCCUCUCUGCGCUUCCCGCCCGGGGCAGGUCUGGAAGCCGGAAGCGGCCGUGUGGGAGCUAACUCGGGACUCAGCCGAGGUGAAGCCAGGGGCGCGCCCUCGCUGUGCCCCCAGCCCGGGCACGAGCCCUCCGCGAAGGCCAGCGCCAUGGGGGCUCCGCGCCGCCGGCCGCGCGCGUCCCGGGGGCCCCCGCCGGUGCCGUCGCUCCUGCUUCUCCUCCUGCUCCUGUGCGGCCCGGGCCUGGGUCGCGCCUCCCUGAGGCUCUUGGACCACCCGGCGCCCGUGUGCACCCAGCAGGGGCUGAACUGCACAGUCAAGAACAGUACCUGCCUGGACGACACCUGGAUCCACCCUCGAAGCCUGACCCCCUCGCCCCCCAAAGACGUGCAGACCCAGCUGCGCUUUGUCCACACGCAGCAAGGACAUCUGCUCCCCGUGGCUCACGUCGAGUGGACGCUUCAGACAGACGCCAGCAUCCUCUACCUGGAGGGAGCGGAAUUGUCUGUCUUGCAGCUGAACACCAACGAACGUCUGUGUGUCAAGUUUGAGUUUCUGUCCACACUGAAGCAUCAUCACAAGCGGUGGCGUUUUGCCUUCAGCCACUUCGUGGUGGAACCCGGCCAGCAGUACGAGGUGACCGUCCACCACCUGCCUAAGCCCAUCCCUGACGGGGACCCAAACCACCAGUCCAGAAACUUCCUGGUGCCCGACUGCGAGGACCCCAGGAUGAAGAUGACCACGCCCUGCGUGAGCUCAGGCAGCCUGUGGGACCCCAACAUCACUGUGGAGAUCCUCGAGGCCCACCAGCUGCAGCUGAGCUUCACGCCAUGGAACGAGUCCACCAAAUACCAGAUCCUGCUGGACAGCUUUCUGCCCGCGGAGAACCGCAGCUGCCUCCGGCGCGUCGUGGAUCUGGACGUGCUUCUCUCCCUGGGGCCUCCUGGGGGCGCAUCCCAGCAGAGGCCAGGGCCUCACUGCCCCUCUGCCCUGCAGCCUGCACAGGAGGCCACCCGGCAGUGCUGCAACGUCACACUCACCCUGCCAGACUUCAGCUGGUGCUGCCGUCACCACGUGCAGAUCCAGCCCUUCUUCAGCAGCUGCCUCAACGACUGCCUCCGACACUCGGUGGCCGUGCCCUGCCCAGGGGUCCCACACACCCCAGACCACAUGCCCCUGUGGGUGUCCAGGUGCAUCCCCGGCCUCUCCAUCCUGUUCGUGGGUUCCGUCAUCCUGCUGACCGUCUGCCUGGCCUGGCGGUUACCGGGGUCCCGUCACGGAAAAUGUGAAAACGGCAGCAGAUGCACAGACGUCCUGCCCGCUGCCACCAGCCUGAGCCCCCCACCCCUGAAGCCCAGGAAGGUCUGGAUCGUCUACUCGGCUGACCACCCCCUCUACGUGGACGUGGUCCUGAAGUUCGCCCAGUUCCUGCUCACCGUGUGCGGCACCGAAGUGGCCCUCGACCUGCUGGAGGAGCAGGCCAUCUCGGAGGCGGGGGUCAUGACCUGGGUGGGCCGCCGGAAGCAGGAGGUGGUGGAGGGCAACUCCAAGAUCAUCGUCCUGUGCUCCCGAGGCACCCGGGCCAAGUGGCAGGCCAUCCUCGGCUGGGAGGACGCCGCCGUCCAGCUUCGCUGUGACCGCGGGAAGCCCGCGGGGGACCUGUUCACGGCGGCCAUGAACAUGAUCCUGCCGGACUUCAAGAGGCCGGCCUGCUUCGGCACCUACAUCGUCUGCUACUUCAGCGACAUCAGCUGCGAGGCUGACAUCCCCGAGCUCUUCAACAUCACCUCCUGCUACGCGCUCAUGGACAAGUUUGAGGAGGUCUACUUCCGCAUCCAGGACCUGGAGAUGUUCGGGCCGGGCCGCAUGCACCGCGUCGGGGCGCUCACGGCCCAGAACUACCUGCAGAGCCCCAGCGGCCAGCAGCUCCGCGAGGCCGUGCAGCGCUUCCGCCGCUGGCAGGCCCAGCGCCCCGACUGGUUCAAGCUCGAGAACCUCUGCCCGGCAGACGACCAGGACCUCCCGUCCCUGGACGAGGAGGCCUUCGAGGAGCCGCCGCCGGGAGGAGGGAUCGUCCGGCAGGAGCCGCUGGUGCUGGAACCCGCCUCCCAGGGCAGCCUGCUGGUGGAGCUGCUCCUUGCGGGGGAAGGAGGGGGCCCGUCGCGGCUGGAGCCCCAGCCUUGGCCCCAGGAGCAGCCGGCGGCCCAGACGCUCCAGACCACGGUGGUCCCGGUGGACGGGGCCCCUCCGGCGCAGGCGGUGGAGCCCAUCCUUCGGGCCGUCAGGAGCGGUGCCGCCAGCCGGCUGGCCCUGGCUGGGGGAGACGAGGCCUGCCCGCUUCUGGGCGGCUGGGGCCCGGGGCGGAACAGCAUCCUCUUCCUCCCCAUGCACCCCGAGGACCCGCCCGUCCGCAGCAGCCCCACGGGGCAGCCAGACGGCUCCAUGCUGCCGUCUCUGCAGCAGAGCCCGCGCUGCCAGGAUGUGCGCACGCCCCCUGGGGGGGAGCAGCGGCGGUCUGUGCAGUCCGACCAGGGCUACAUCUCCAGGAGCUCCCCGCAGCUCCCAGACGACGCCGACGGGGACCGGGGCAGGGGGCUGGGUGGGCAGCCGCUGUGUCCCGAGGGCCUGGAGAGCCUGCGGAGCCUCCAGCUCCUGCUCUUCCUCCAGGAGCUUCGCAAGAACCCUGGCCUGGAGCCCAAGGGGCCGCCGCGUGGGGCCUCCCCUGCCCAGGGUGGUGAGCACGUGUGUCCGUAGGUGUGCACGUGUGGACGUGUGUAUGCUCAUGUGUGAGAUGUGUACCUUUAAAACGUGAACAUCUUGGGGCUUCCCUGGUGGCGCAGUGGUUGAGAGCCCGCCUGCCGAUGCAGGGGACGCGGGUUCGAGCCCCAGUCCGGGAGGAUCCCACACGCCGCAGAGCGGCUGGGCCCGUGAGCCAUGGCCGCUGAGCCUGCGCAUCCGGAGCCUGUGCUCCACAACGGGAGAGGCCGCGGCAGUGAGAGGCCCGCGUACUGCAAAAAAAAAAAAAAAGUAAACAUCUUGGCUCUGUCCCCUUAACCUUUCUUCCCGUGACCGUCCCCGCGAGAACCCACAGCCUGUUCCCAGGAGCUAAUGGCGGUGUCCUUGGGUGUCCGUCAUUCGUUCCUUCAGCCUUUAUUUUGUGCCCCGCAUCGCCCUGACCAUCAGGGAGCUGCCCUUCCAGUGAGAGGGACGGGGUGGGGCGCGAGAUGCAGAGGCUGCCAGAAGCUCGCCCGGGGCCGUGCAGUCCGCAGAAGGGGUGCCUGGCCCAGGGGGAAGCUUCUGGAGGAGGACGUGUCUGAGCCGAAGGAGCAGCUCGUUUCCCGGGCUGAGGGCUGCAGGCGAGUGGGGCAGGGCCGUAACCGAGCCUGCCACGGAAGGCGGGGCAGUGGGCACAGCCUGGGGAGGCCUCGGGGCCAGGCUGGGUGCAGCUGGGGCUCCUUCACCAGGAUGAGCUGCUGCCAUCAGGAGGCUGAGGGCCAAACACACCCAGUCAUUUUCGGAAAGAGACCAGAUAGAAGUGGGUCGUGGCGCCUGACGGCAUCAGCGUGGCGUGAGCCCAGCGUGGCCUCGGUCAGCGGGAGACCUACGGCCGAGGAUUCUUUCGGGGCCGCAGGCUGGGCCCCCGGGCUGCAGCGCCCGAGCUCGGGAAGCACAGGGAGCCCCCAGCCCUGUGCACGCUGGGGUCCCCACCCUGGGAUUCAGGGUUCUCUUUGCCUGUACCUGAGUCCUGAACUGGAGCUCCAGGCUCCUGCACGGAGGAGAGGAUUCUGAAGUUCGGUGGGAAAUCAGAUACCAGGGUGUGCGCACGCGCGUGUGUGAAAGAGCUUAUCAAUGAAGGAAUGAAUAAAUUUGUUAACUCAGAA